ACUUGACCUCAUGUUUGUUAAACUGAUGUCAGCAAGCUUUCCUUUGUGAUAUCAUUAUCUCUCAGUAACCUCAGCUUGCUGACCCAAGUUGAAGGUGCUCAUUGCUGUGCAGUUUUUUAUCCAGGUAGUGACUGUUUGAUAUACACUAAUGACAAAGCCUCAGACAAUUGAAUCUGCCCUUGUCUCCUCAAUGGCUGUGAAUGGAAAAGAAAAACCAUCAAUGAGGGAAGGGGAUCAGGUUCAUAAAUCAGAACCAGAUGAGGAGAAAGAGAAUAACAGGGCAUCCAAACCACAUUCUACACCAGCUACUCUACAAUGGCUGGAGGAGAACUACGAGAUUGCAGAAGGCGUUUGCAUUCCUCGAAGUGCCCUCUACAUGCACUACUUGGACUUCUGUGAGAAAAAUGACACUCAGCCUGUCAAUGCCGCUAGCUUUGGAAAGAUAAUAAGACAGCAGUUUCCACAGUUAACAACAAGAAGACUUGGAACCAGAGGCCAGUCAAAGUACCAUUACUAUGGCAUUGCAGUAAAAGAGAGUUCUCAGUAUUAUGACGUGAUGUAUUCUAAGAAAGGAGCAGCCUGGGUCAAUGAAACAGGAAAAAAAGAAGUAACCAAACAGACAGUGGCGUAUUCACCACGAUCCAAACUUGGGACAUUACUGCCAGAGUUUCCAAAUGUCAAAGAUCUAAAUCUGCCAGCCAGCUUGCCAGAGGAGAAGGUAUCUACUUUUAUUAUGAUGUACAGAACACACUGUCAAAGGAUACUUGACACAGUAAUAAGAGCCAACUUUGAUGAGGUUCAAAGUUUUCUUCUGCACUUUUGGCAAGGAAUGCCACCUCACAUGCUUCCUGUACUGGGAUCUUCCACGGUAGUAAAUAUAGUUGGAGUUUGUGAUUCCAUAUUAUAUAAAGCUAUUUCUGGUGUUUUGAUGCCCACGGUGUUGCAGGCAUUACCUGAUAGCUUGACUCAGGUGAUCCGAAAGUUUGCCAAACAGCUGGAUGAGUGGCUAAAAGUGGCUCUCCAUGACUUACCAGAAAACCUGCGCAAUAUCAAGUUUGAGUUAUCCAGAAGGUUUUCUCAAAUUCUUCGGAGGCAAACAUCAUUAAACCACCUUUGUCAGGCAUCAAGAACUGUGAUCCACAGUGCUGACAUUACGUUCCAAAUGUUGGAAGACUGGAGGAACGUGGACCUUAACAGCAUCACCAAACAGACGCUAUACACCAUGGAAGACUCCAGAGAGGAGCACAGGAAACUUAUAAUGCAAUUAUAUCAGGAGUUUGAUCAUCUUCUGGAGGAGCAAUCACCCAUUGAGUCAUAUGUAGAGUGGCUGGAUUCCAUGGUGGACAGAUGCGUUGUAAAGGUAGCUGCUAAGAGACAAGGCUCUUUGAAGAAAGUAGCUCAACAAUUCCUCUUGAUGUGGUCCUGUUUUGGCACAAGAGUUAUUCGGGAUAUGACUCUGCACAGUGCCCCCAGCUUUGGAUCUUUUCACCUUAUUCACCUGAUGUUUGAUGACUACGUAUUGUACCUAUUAGAAUCCCUCCAUUGUCAAGAGAGAGCUAAUGAACUGAUGCGGGCAAUGAAAGGAGAAGGGGGAACAGUAGAAGUACGUGAAGAGAUAACAUUGGCAGAACCUGUUCCUCCAAGUCCCUUCCCAGUGCCUUUCUCUCCAGCUAAAUCUGCCACCUCUGGGGAUGUGCCACCUGCACCCUCACCUGUAAGCAAUCAGUCCCCAGAGUAUGUUGGCAUUGCAGCUACAACAGGGGCCAUGCAGUCUUACACAUGGUCUCUCACAUACACUGUAACCACAGCUGCUGGGUCACCUGCUGAAAACGCUCAACAACUUCCUUGUAUGAGAAAUCCUCAUGUACCUCCUUCAUCUGUUGCACACAGGAUACCGGUUUAUCCCCACAGAGAAGAACAUGGAUAUACGGGGAGCUAUAACUAUAGUAGCUAUGGAAACCAGCACCCACACCCAAUACAAAGCCAGUACCCAUCUUUACCACAUGACAGCACUAUUUCUGCACCACUUCAUUACUCAGCUUAUCACAGAAGCUCUUCACAGUACCCUUUCAACAGCUCUUCUUCACGGAUGGAGCCCUGCUUGAUGAGCACCACCCCAAGACUGCAUCCAACCGCAGUAACUCCUCGCUGGUCAGAGGUACCCUCAGCGAAUGCUUGCUACACGAGUCCUCCCAUGCACUCUACAAGAUAUGGAAACUCCAGUGACAUGUAUGCACCAUUGACCACACGGAGAAACUCUGAAUAUGAGCACAUGCAACACUUUCCUGGCUUUGCCUACAUCAAUGGGGAAGCCACCACUGGAUGGGCUAAAUGAGAAUGACUGGUAAUAGUAUCAACAAUAUAUAUUUAAUAAAGAUAGAAGGAAAAAUACUUCUGUGUCUAAAGUAAUGGAAAUCUUACCUGGGCAUUGUUAAUGGCCAUGAAGAUGGAAAAGAUCCUAGACACAUAAUAAAGAAGGCACAUUACAGUACAGACUAGUGUGAUGGUUCCUCUAGCCAAGCAAAUUUUUACUGCUGCUAUGAUGAAGUAUUAUCUAGGCCAAGGUGUGCCUUUUAUUGUUGUUCUUUCUCCAGAUGUCAUGAAAUUGGCCUGUGUUGGAUACCAUCUCCCUGACCAUUGAAUGUUUCUGUAACUGAACAGAUUUGCCCCUUCAUAAAUAUGACAGGUGCAAUGUAGAACAGAAUUUGGAAAAGUUGUUUUUGAGAUCAGGUGCAAUUUUUCUGAGUUCUGAUGUGGAAUGUAAUGAUUUAACUGUACCAUAGGGCUCUAUGUUCCACAGGGAAGCACAGAAGUAUAAGGGACAUGAGAAUGAUAUUCUCCACCUCUCUGUUAUGAAACACAUUAAAACCGCAUUCAUCCCCAAGCUCCCAUUAGAAUUCCUAUCAUUUCUCCAUUUUGAGUUCCAGUUUAUAAUCCUGAUCUAUGUGACAUUCGCAUUUCUGUAGUUAACACCAUACAUGUAUACCCUUCAAUACUUCACAGAUGAAAACAGGUCAUGUGGUCAAGCAACAUCAGAAUGUGGUCAAGAUGGCAAAAGUUAUUAAUGAAGCACAGACAAACUUGGAGAUAGUGCAGCAGUUUGCUCUUGCCCAAGUCUACAGGAAACGGCGAGAUACUGCUUCCCCCUCUCCUCCCCCCAAGUUAGACUACUUUUUUA